AUGAAGCCACGCUACGGUUCCCCUGGUGUCGUGGUCAACUGGGGGAAGGACGAUGUCCUCCCUGACCUCGAGUAUCGCAUACUCUACAAGAUCCUACUUGCCCUCCUUCCCCGAUCGGACAUCAGCCGUCUACUCAUAGCGCCGUUGCCCGCAAGGGCACCGCGUAACGUGUAUGCCCUGGACAUCAAAGGCCUCCCACCGUCGUGGUUCAUCGACCAGUUCAAACUGAACCGCCAACCGCUCCGCGUCAUCCGCGACAUCGUGACCACCUCUGGCGCGCACACGGUCGGUCGGGAUCUGCGCGCACCCAUGAAUGUGUGGUUCAUCAGCCUGCUGGAGAAGAAGGGCCUCAGCACUAGCUUCCUCGACCGUGGACCUCGUCCGGGGACGAAUACACUCGUCGUAAACCUCUCACAUGACGGUAUCACCAACCUGCUGCUUGAUCCGAUCCCUUGGGCCAGGGUCCGCCUUGACAGCAGCGUGACAGAGCUCGUUGUCGUCUUCAAGGCGGUCAAGAAUCGCCCCAGCAGGCGGACCAGCAAAGCUCUACAGUCUCACAUGACGUCCAUGGGUGUCAGAGGAGCCGACUCCCCAAGCACAGUCUUCGCCGGCAUCGCAAGGUGGCUCGGACUCUGCAUGGACGGCGUGCGCGGCAUCACGGUGGUCGGCGUCGACGACAUCGACCCAUACUGGUUCGGGCUCCGCCAACUUCCCGAGACGGCGCUUCGCCACCAUCUUAUGGCCGAGAUCCUCAUGCAUUCCUGGUCCAAGCUUAAAGGAGACCAAGCGUUAAAGGAGGAGAAGGUCGAGCAGUUGCUCAGGUUUCGGACGCUCGCCGAGUACAGACAAGAGGUCGGCGAGAUCAUGUUCCGAAUGGCCACUGUCGAGCGAGGCGGCGCCGAGCCCAAAGCUGAGAGGUGA